GGGAAAGAUAUGUACUUGAAAAAAACAGAGCAUCAAGCUUUUGUAUAAAGCAUUAUUAUGGUGCGCUUUUUGAAUGCCAGCAGAGGAGACGAAGCAAGUUCCUAAUCUACUUCACCAAACGGUCUUCUUCUACCUUCUUUAACCAUCUCCACUCCUAUCCAUUUCUUCCUUCUCAGCUCUCUCACUUUGCCAGAUUCUGAAAAACUUUGAUGCUGCGAAUUUGAAUUUAUCAGCUUCUUCCGGAUCAUUUGAAUAUUUUACUGGUUUCUGUUCCUGCAAUAAUGGCGGCCGGUGGAUCACUCUCAUACUCGGUGGCGUCCUUGGUGGAGGACGUACUUCAGCAGCACGGGACUCGAUCAUGCGGUCUCGAUUUGGACGCUCGUCGUGCGGAAGAAGCUGCAAUGAGGAGGUAUGAAGCAGCAAAAUGGUUGAGAAAGAUCGUGGGAGUGGUGGGAGCAAAGGAUCUGCCAGCAGAGCCAUCCGAGGAAGAAUUCAGGCUUGCCUUAAGGAACGGAAUCAUUCUUUGUAAUGCACUCAACAAGAUCCAACCUAGGGCUGUGGUCAAGGUGGUUGAAUGCCCUUGUGAUGCCAUGCUGAUCCCAGACGGAGCAGCUUUAUCUGCCUAUCAGUACUUUGAAAACUUGAGGAACUUUCUGGUAGCAGUGAAUGAGUUGGGAAUCCCAAGCUUUGAGGCAUCUGAUAUGGAGCAAGGAGGGGCAUCUUCUAGGAUUGUCAACUGUGUUUUGGGUCUCAAAUCAUAUGCCGAUUGGAAACAAACAGGUGCUACGCCUAUCUGGAAAUUUGGUGGAAAUGUAAAACCAACUGCAUCAUCAAAACAACUCGUGAGAAAAAAAUCAGAACCAUUCAUGAACUCUUUGUCAAGGGCAGUGUCAAUGAAUGAGAAAUCUUUGAGUGCUUCAGAGGCUGAGAAUAAUACAAUGCCUAAUUCUUCUUUGAGCACACUUGUCCGUACAAUUCUUUCAGAUAAGAGGCCUGAAGAAGUUCCAAAUCUUGUAGAGUCUAUAUUAAAGAAGGUUGUUGAUGAGUUUGAGCAUCGUGUGGCAGGCCAAAUUGAAGCACAAACCAGAGAAACUGUCAAUGACUCAGCUAUGUCUCUUGCUCACAAGCCAACCUCCAUUAGUGAAUUUAGAAACAAAAAGGUUGAACAGACAAAUAUGGCAAUGAUGAAAAAAGAGGACUGUAUCAUUGAUGAAGAAGAACUUAAAAGAAUAUGGACACAGCAUCAAACAAUUGUUGAUCAACAACAAAGAGAUCUUAAGGAGCUUAAGCAAACUCUUCAUACUACAAAAGCAGGCAUGCAGUUCAUGCAGAAGAAGUUUUAUGAGGAUGUUCAGAAUAUUGGACAACACAUAUAUGGCCUUGCACAUGCAGCUUCAGGCUAUCAUAGAGUUCUUGAAGAAAACCGCAAGCUUUACAAUCAAGUCCAAGAUCUUAAAGGAAGUAUUAGGGUAUAUUGCAGAGUAAGGCCUUUCUUAAAUGGACAGCCAAGUCAUUUGAGUAUCAUAGAUGGAAUUGAGGAAGGUAAAAUUACAAUUCACACUCCUUCAAAGUAUGGGAAAGGAAGUCGGUCCUUCAAUUUCAACAAAGUAUUUGGGCCAUCUGCAACUCAAGGGGAGGUGUUUGCAGAUACUCAACAAUUAAUCAGAUCAGUUCUUGAUGGAUUCAAUGUUUGUAUUUUUGCUUAUGGUCAAACAGGGUCAGGGAAAACUUUUACCAUGAGUGGACCUAGCGAUCUCAGUAAGGAAAAUGAAGGGGUAAACUACAGGGCCUUGGGAGAUUUAUUCCUACUUGUAGAGCAAAGAAAGGACACUUUCCAUUAUGAUGUAUCUGUUCAAAUGAUCGAGAUUUAUAAUGAACAAGUCAGAGACCUCCUUGAUUCUGAUGGUUUGAACAAAAGACUAGAAAUCCGUAGUAGCUCUCAAGGACUCGCUGUACCUCAUGCAAGUGUUGUACGUGUAACUUCAACUUCAGAUAUUAUAGAUCUCAUGAACAUAGGGCAGAAGAACCGAGCAGUAGGGGCAACAGCACUCAAUGACCGAAGUAGCCGUUCUCACAGUUGCUUAACCGUUCAUGUACAAGGAAAAGACCUCACUACUGGAGAGAUUCUUCUUGGUUGUAUGCAUUUGGUUGAUCUUGCAGGAAGUGAGAGGGUGGACAAAUCUGAAGUUACAGGAGAUAGACUCAAGGAGGCACAACACAUAAAUAGAUCUCUUUCCGCUCUUGGUGAUGUCAUCUCUGCACUUGCCCAAAAGAACACACAUGUCCCUUACCGGAACAGUAAACUUACACAGCUUCUUCAAGAUUCCCUUGGAGGUCAGGCCAAAACACUGAUGUUUGUUCACAUUAGCCCUGAACCUGAUGCCUUAGGGGAAACAAUUAGUACAUUAAAAUUUGCAGAACGAGUUGCUACCGUGGAACUCGGUGCUGCAAGAGUUAACAAAGAUUCUGCAAACGUGAAAGAGCUUAAAGAACAGAUAGCUAGUCUAAAGGCAACUUUAGCUAAAAGGGAAAUGGAGACAGUGCACCAAAAGAUGCCUGACAGUCCAUGUAACAUGCUGGCAGGAUCUAACAAUCAAAGGAAACCAAUGGAGGAAGUAGGCAAUAUAGAGGUGAAUAGCUCUGCACUGAGGGCAAAGAGGCAACAAAGCUUUGAUCUUGAUCAAAUGUAUGGAAUAGCUCCGCUCUGGCCACCUGUCAACAGUCCUGGAGGGAAUCAUAUUCUGGAAGAUACCAUUCACUCGGGUGGGUGGGUGGACAAGGUCAUGGUCAACAAACAAGAACCUAUACCCUUUGGUGGUUGGGGCGCAGAAAAUGGAGAAAUGCAUGGCAUCCUUCACCAGAAAUAUGUCUCCGGUAGUCCACGUAACCUAUUCCCUGCAACUGAUGAUUUGGAAGAGCUUGAUCCUGCAACUAGUGAUUCAUCCGAUCCGGAUAUCCUAUGGCAACUCAAUCCCUCAAAACAGAGUGUCAGGUCAAAGAUCCCAAAACCAAGCAUAGAACCGGUAAAAAGCCCGCACUCAGGGGCCUCCGCUCAUAAAGCAGGCUCAAGAAAGAAAAAUGGGAGUGUCCAACAUCCUCAUCAAAUUAGUAGACAGGCAAUUGCAGUUGAAAUGAAACGUAAAGCUGGGAACCGAAAGUAAAGGAGGAUCCAUUAUGAUUGUGAGAUAUGUUGCUGUUUUCUACUGAUUCUUUAUUUUUUUCUUAAAUUUUUUUAUUGGGAGUUGAGUGUCAAGGAUGUAUAGUGUUUUAGUGAUUCCCACACUUAGUUUCCUUCUGCAUUCGUUUACUGCUUGCAGCAGAAAAAUCACAGCUUAUGUAACAACUCUGAGUUAACUCUGAGUUUUUGUUGUAAAUUUCAUCAACUUAUACACUUUCUGGGUUUCUCAAAUGAAUAUAGUACGGUGGUUUUGCCUACUAAUGAAGUUCACAGCUCAUCUUAUUA